UUUUCGCAGCCAAUCCCGGAGCCGAAAAUGCAAGAUCUGGUUUAAACCGGUUUCUUUCUUAAAUUUCAAUAUAAAAAACUUAAAUAAAACAUAUAGAGCCGUUAUUGUAUUUUACGCGAACCGCGGCGAGGCGUGCACGACAGCGUUGCUCACCGGCGCAUUAUUUACACGAAUAUCCUCCACUUAUUAUUUUUUCGCGGAUUUUUUGCAGUCAAGAUGCCCAAAAGAAAGAUUGACGGAGACAAGGCCGCCAAAGCCAAGGAGGAGCCAACAAGACGCUCCGCAAGGCUGUCCGCUAAGCCAACUUCUUCUAAGCCUGAACCAAAGCCCAAGAAAGCAUCCCCUAAGAAGGCAGCCAAGGGGAAGAAGGGCAACCCUUCUGAAAAUGGGGAUGCCAAGGCAGAUCAGGCACAGAAGGUUGAAGCUUCUGCCGAUGCCAAAUGAAAGCUAAUGAGUGUCUGAUCCUUCUAUGUACUUGGUGACUGUACAGUUUGAAAUAACUAUUUUUUACCAAGUUUUAUAUUAAGAAUAACAUUUAUAGUUGACUUGUUGACUUGCUUUUGAUGUACUGAUUGAUUUGACCGGAGUUACUAUAUUUCAUUCAUAUCCAUUUUUAUCCCAUUUUUUUAAAUCAAGCCGUCUUGCCGAAACAAUUUCUCCUUGCUAAAUCUGUUUUCAAAGCGGUGAAUGCAAGUAUAUUGUUCUAAAGUUUGUGUAUUUCUUUAUCUUUCUUCUUUUCUUUCUUAGUUUAUCCUUGGAUUUUAAACACCAAACCUUCUCAAAGGCAGCUUAAGAGUGUUUCUCAAAUGUUUUCAGGAAGGCUUUUCACCAUUUUGUUAGCAUUUAAUCUUACAAAUACUGUUUUUUUUUUCUUUUCGUUUUUACAUUAUUUUUAAAAAAGUAGUUAGAAAUGAAAGUGUCACAAAAAAAUUGAAUAAUAGGGCAACAAUGAUGAAUAAAUUUGCAACAUGAACUUUUAUUAUCCUUACAGCUGUGUGUUCUGAACUUGUCUUUUUUUAUUUUUAUUAAGUUAUGUUCUGAAAGUGGAAGGAUAUUCAGUGACUCUGAAAAAAAAUGCUUUGUUUUAAAUGGUUUUGAAUAAAAAAACUGUCCUGAAAAAACA